UGCUGAGAGCCGACGCCAUGGCAGAGAGCGAGCCGAGCUUGGUGGCCGCCGGCAGCCCCUCGGCGGCGGCGCUGGACACACCCGAGGACGCUGGCCCGAGUGCGGACCCCGGAGGCCCCUCCAGCCCCUCCAGCCCCUCCGCAGCGGCAGCGUCGCUGGAGGCCCCCGAGGACGCCGGCUCGAGCCCGGCCCCUGAGGCGCAGGCUUGGCCGCCCGAAGCGGUGCCCGCGCCCCCCGCGGCCCUGGAGCUGCCGUCCCCGGCCGAGGCCGCCCCGCGCUCCCCGCCCGGCUCCGGGGGCUCCCGGCCCGGCCCCGAGACGUUCCGCCAGCGCUUCCGGCAGUUCCGCUACCAGGACGCGGCGGGGCCUCGCGAGGCGUUCCGCCAGCUGCGGGAGCUGUCGCGCCAGUGGCUGCGGCCCGACAUUCGCACCAAGGAGCAGAUAGUGCAGAUGCUGGUGCAGGAGCAGCUGCUCGCCAUCCUGCCCGAGGAGGCGCGGGCCCGACGGCUGCGGCGCCGUGCCGACGUGCGCAUCACCGGCUGAGCACCCGCGGCCCCGCCGAGGCUGCAGGUGCUGGGGGUGGGAGAGGGGUCGUGACCGGGUCCGGGGGCCUGAGCCGGGCACCCCACCCGCUCUGUUCAUGGAAAAUAGAGUUUUUGGCAGCUCCA